UGCUGCUGCUGCUGCUGCUGCUCUACUCCGCUCUGCUCCGCAUCGAGCAGCGCUAUAAAACCCUGCCGGAGGAGAAAAGAACAGUUUUGUCAAGACACUGAGACACUGAGACACGGCAGAGGAGUACGUUACAUUUACCAUUUGCAAGUUUUUUUUUUCUGGACGAAGGAUUUUAAUGUAUGAAAAAAGAGACAGUGGAUAUUAACACCGUUCAGAAUCAAGGUCGUGAGGAGCUGGAGCGUGCUCGGUGAGGUAGGGAAGACGUCAACAUGGCAGUCUCCACUCAACUGGGUUUACUGCUUUGGAAGAACUUUACCUACCGACGGAGACAGACUAUCCAGCUGCUGAUUGAGAUCAUCUGGCCCCUGUUUAUCUUCUUCAUCCUAAUCUCAGUCCGAAUACAUUAUCCACCCUACGAGCAACAUCAAUGCCAUUUCCCGAACAAGGCCAUGCCCUCAGCGGGGUCCCUGCCCUGGGUGCAAGGCAUCAUCUGUAACGCCAACAACCCGUGCUUUCGUAAUCCUACCCCUGGCGAGAGUCCCGGGGUGGUGGGAAACUUUAAUGAUUCUAUAAUCUCCCGAUUGUUCAUUGAUGCCAAGAAGAUCCUGCUCUACUCACAGAAUGAUAAAAGCUACGAGGGCUACAAGGGACUGCUGAGGGCCCUCAAGAAGCUGCAGAAGAACAGUGCUCGUUUCAAGCUGAAGGACUUUUUGCAAGACGAUGAGACGCUUUCCCACUUCCUGCACCACAACGCCUCACUUCCUCAUCACGCGCUGAAGCAAAUAGUGGAAGCUGACGUCAAUCUGGAGAAGGUGCUGACUAAAGGUUUUGGCUUUCAUCUCAGAGACCUCUGUAACACCACGCCCCUGGAGGAGUUUGUCCACAUUGCCGAUCGCAAUGUUUCCCGUCUGACGCAAGAAAUUAUCUGCAAUUCCUCCAGUGAUUGGCUAAACAAGGCCCAGAGCCACUUUCUGUCCAACUUGGACUUCCUCAAACCUAUCCGGAAGGAUGUGAAGUCGGACCCCAAAGUUGUUCAGGAUGUCUCAGCUGCAACCGACAAUCUUCUGGAGAGCCUGGGAGCACUGGCCGUGGAGUUUGCCAGUAUGAAGAGUUGGAACGACAUGCGUAAGGAGAUCCUGUAUCUAACUGCAAAUGCCACAGACUCUCCAAACCAGAUGUACCAGGCUGUCUCACGUAUCGUCUGUGGACACCCUGAGGGAGGCGGCCUCAAAAUCAAGUCUCUCAACUGGUAUGAAGACAACAACUACAAGGCCCUGUUUGGAAACCAUGGCAACGACAGCGAGAGUGAACCUUUCUCAGCUUAUGACAACUCUUCCACUCCCUAUUGUAACAAUAUGAUGCGGAGCCUGGAGUCCAGCCCCAUUUCCAGGAUGAUCUGGAGAGCUCUGAAGCCUCUGCUCAUGGGCAAGAUCCUGUACACCCCAGAUACUCCAGCCACACAGAGAAUCAUCCAGGAGGUUAAUAAGACCUUCCAGGAGUUCGGCGUGCUGAGGGACAUCGGAGGGAUGUGGGAGGAAAUGAGGCCCAAAGUUUGGAACUUCAUGGAGAAUGGCGAGGAAAUGGACAUGGUCAGGACCCUGCUCCAGAAUAACGCCAGUGCCGCGUUCUUUAAUGCCCAGCUCAGUGGGACUGAGUGGCGUGUGUCAGAUGUGUCAGCCUUCCUGUCUAAGGUCUCAGAGGACCAAAGACCUGCAGGAUCGGCCUAUACCUGGAGAGACGUCUUCAACGAAACUGACCAUGCCAUACAGACCAUCUCACGCUUCAUGGAGUGUGUGAACCUGGACAAGCUGGAGCCAGUAGCUAACGAGGAGAGGCUGGUCAACAAGUCCAUGGGUCUUCUGAACAACCAGAAGUUCUGGGCUGGAAUUGUGUUUCCUGACAUCACCCAUAGCAGCAGCGCUGACUUGCCUCCCAACGUAAACUAUAAGAUACGCAUGGACAUUGAUAAUGUGGAGAGGACAAACAAGAUUAAAGAUGGCUAUUGGGACCCCGGUCCCAGGGCAGACCCCUUUGAGGACCUUCGGUACGUCUGGGGCGGAUUUUCUUACCUGCAGGACAUCAUUGAGCGUGGAAUCAUCAGAGCCAUCACUGGCACCAAAGAGAAGAUAGGCAUCUACAUUCAGCAGAUGCCCUACCCCUGCUAUGUCGAUGACAUUUUCCUGCGGGUGAUGAGUCGGUCAAUGCCUCUCUUCAUGACCCUGGCAUGGAUGUACUCGGUAGCCAUCAUCAUCAAGGGCGUGGUGUACGAGAAGGAGGCCCGGCUCAGAGAGACCAUGAGGAUCAUGGGACUGAACAACGGCACCCUGUGGCUCAGCUGGUUCAUCAGCAGUCUAAUCCCGCUCCUGAUCAGCGCCGGCUUGUUGGUGAUGUUGUUGAAGAUGGGAAGCCUGCUGCCUUACAGUGACCCAGGCGUGGUGUUUCUUUUCCUUGGAUCCUUCGGCAUUGUUACCAUCAUGCAGUGUUUCCUCAUCAGUACCCUGUUCUCUCGUGCCAACUUGGCAGCCGCCUGCGGUGGCAUUAUAUACUUCACGCUCUAUCUGCCCUACGUGCUGUGUGUUGCCUGGCAGGACUACGUGGGCUUUGGAGCAAAACUUAUAGUGAGUCUGCUGUCUCCGGUGGCUUUUGGUUUUGGCUGUGAGUACUUUGCCCUGUUUGAGGAGCAAGGAGUGGGUAUCCAGUGGUCGAACCUGCUGGCCAGCCCUCUGGAGGAAGACAGUUACAACCUGACCACCUCUAUCAGCCUCAUGCUGUUUGACGCUGUGCUCUACGGAAUAAUGACCUGGUACAUCGAAAAUGUGUUCCCUGGUCAGUAUGGGAUCCCCAGGCCUUGGUAUUUCCCUUUCACUAAGUCGUACUGGUGUGGAGAGAAAGAGAAUAACAACAUCUCCACCCCUCUGUCAAAGAAGGGCAACGCUGAAGCUGUGUGUAUUGAGGAGGAGCCGAGCCACAUCGAGCCCGGUGUUUACAUCGAGAAUCUGGUGAAGGUCUACAGCCAUGGAAAAAAGCUGGCUGUAGACGGACUGUCCCUGAGGUUCUAUAAGGGACAAAUAACCUCCUUCCUCGGUCACAAUGGAGCUGGCAAGACCACAACUAUGUCAAUACUGACGGGAUUGUUUCCACCCACAUCUGGCACAGCCUAUAUCCACGGCAAGGACAUCCGCAGUGAACUCAGCGCUGUCCGGCAGAAUCUGGGCGUCUGUCCCCAGCACAACGUACUUUUCAGCAUGCUGACGGUAGAGGAACACAUCUGGUUCUACGCCCGUCUGAAGGGACUGCCGGAGGAGAAGGUGAAGGCUGAGACAGAGCAAAUUUUGAACGAUGUCGGACUGCCUCACAAACGAAAGUCUCUCACCAGCACGCUGUCUGGAGGGAUGCAGAGGAAGCUGUCAGUGGCCCUGGCUUUUGUCGGGGGCUCCAAGGUUGUGAUCCUGGAUGAACCUACUGCCGGGGUCGAUCCAUACGCACGCAGGGGCAUCUGGGACCUGCUGCUUAAAUACAGACCAGGCCGCACCAUCAUCCUUUCCACUCAUCACAUGGACGAGGCUGACAUCCUGGGUGACCGCAUCGCCAUCAUUUCCCACGGCAAGCUGUGCUGCGUAGGCUCCUCGCUCUUCCUGAAGACCCAUCUCGGCACGGGCUACUACCUGACCCUGGUCAAGAGAGACUACGACUUGACACUUCAGUCCUGCAGGAAUUCUGCCAGCACCGUCUCCUACAGCAAGAAGGCCGGGAAGGAGGACAGUGUAUCAGAGAGCAGUUCAGAUGCCGGUCUUGGUAGUGAACCAGAGAGUGAAACCACCACUAUUGAUGUGUCCCUCAUCUCCAACUUGAUAUUCAAGCACGUCCACGAGGCUCGCCUGGUUGAGGACCUUGGCCACGAAAUCACCUAUGUCUUGCCCUACCAGUCAGCUAAAGAUGGAGCCUUUGUAGAGCUCUUCCACGAGCUAGAUGACCGACUCACCGACCUGGGAAUAUCUAGCUAUGGAAUAUCUGAUACCACCCUGGAGGAGAUUUUCUUGAAAGUGGCUGAGGACAGUGGAGUGGAUGCUGUUGAGCUAUCAGAUGGAGUCGUGCCAACCAGGAUUCGUCGCCAUCAUGCAUUUGGAGACCACCAGAGUUGUCUGAAGCCCUUCACUGAGGAUGACUUUGAUUUCAACGACUCUGAAGGUGACCCAGAAUCCCGUGAGACCGACUGGCUCAGUGGAACAGAUGGCAAAGGCUCAUACCAGGUCAAAGGCUGGAGUCUGAAGAGACAGCAGUUUGUUGCGCUACUCUGGAAACGGUUCCUCUACGCUCGGCGCUCCAGGAAAGGCUUCUUUGCUCAGAUUGUUCUUCCGGCUGUGUUUGUGUGUAUUGCCCUGGUGUUCAGUCUGAUUGUCCCUCCGUUUGGAAAGUACCCAAGUCUGGUUCUGGAUCACAGCAUGUAUGGAGAACAGUUUACCUUCAUCAGUAAUGACAUGCCUGAGAACCCUCACAUCAACAAAAUACUGGGAGCUCUGACAGAAAACCCAGGAUUUGGAACACACUGCAUGGAAGGACAAACCAUACAGGACACUCCCUGCACAGCAGUUAAAGAUGAGUGGUCGGUCCCGGAAGUCUCUCAAAGUGUGAAGGACAUGUUCGCCAAUGGCAACUGGUCCAUGGAGAAUCCCUCUCCCAUGUGUGAGUGCAGCUGUGGAGGACGCAAGAGGAUGCUUCCGGAGUGUCCUGCUGGCGCUGGGGGACUUCAACCACCACAGAUGAAGAUCAGCGACCAAGACACACUUCAGAAUUUGACUGGCAGGAACAUCUCAGACUAUAUUGUUAAAACCUACGCUCAGAUCAUUGGCAAGAGUCUGAAGAACAAGAUUUUGGUCAACGAGUUCAGAUACGGUGGCUUCUCGUUGGGCGCCAUGAGUUCUCAGCUUAUGUCCCACACAGAUGAAAUUGAUGAUGCGAUCAUUCAACUGAAGAGACGUUUCCAUCUUGAGAGAGGAACUGCAGCGGAUCGUUUCUUUAGCAGUCUCUCCAAUUUUAUCCAAGGAUUGGACACUAAGAAUAACGUCAAGAUCUGGUUCAACAACAAGGGCUGGCACAGCAUCGGUUCUUUUCUCAAUGUCUUGAACAACGGCAUCUUGCGGGCAAGUCUGCAAGCUGGCCAAGACCCUACAAAGUUUGGCAUUACUGCCUCCAAUCAUCCGCUCAACCUCACCAAGGAGCAGCUGUCACAGGUCGCAUUGAUGACGACAUCAGUAGAUGUGCUGGUUUCCAUAUGCGUGAUCUUCGCCAUGUCCUUUGUCCCUGCCAGUUUUGUUGUUUUCCUCAUCCAGGAGAGAGUGAACAAGGCUAAACACUUGCAGUUCAUCAGCGGAGUGCAGCCUUUGCUCUAUUGGCUGGCCAACUUUGUCUGGGAUAUGUGCAACUACAUCGUCCCGGCCACACUGGUCAUCAUUAUCUUCAUUUGUUUCCAACAAGACGCCUAUGUCUCCUCCACCAAUCUGCCUGUGCUGGCGCUGCUGCUGCUGCUCUACGGAUGGUCGAUCACCCCUCUGAUGUACCCAGCCUCGUUCUUCUUUAAGAUCCCCAGCACUGCCUACGUGGUUUUGACCAGCGUCAACAUCCUGAUAGGAAUCAACGGCAGCGUCUCCACAUUUGUCCUGGAGCUGUUUGGAAGCAAUGAAGUCGGUGGCAUCAACGACAUCCUGAAGAACGUGUUCCUCAUCUUCCCUCACUUCUGUCUGGGCAGAGGACUGAUCGACAUGGUGAAGAAUCAGGCAAUGGCCGACGCUCUGGAGAGAUUUGGGGAAAACCGAUUCCGCUCCCCUCUGGCCUGGGACAUGGUGGGAAAGAACCUGUUUGCAAUGGCCAUAGAGGGCGUAAUCUUCUUCGGGAUCACCAUCCUUAUUCAGUACCACUUCUUCUUCAAGGCCAGGUCGUCCACCAGUCAUCUGAAGCCUAUUGGGGAAGAAGAUGAGGAUGUGGCCAGAGAGCGACAGAGGAUCCUGAGCGGAGGAGGACAGUCAGACAUCCUGGAGCUCAGACAGCUCACCAAGAUUUACAAGAGGAAACAGAAGCCAGCAGUGGACCGGCUGUGUGUUGGCAUCCCCCCUGGAGAGUGCUUUGGUUUGCUGGGAGUGAAUGGCGCAGGGAAAACCAGCACCUUUAAAAUGCUGACGGGAGACUCUCUGGUCACCGGUGGAGAGGCCUUCCUGGCUGGCAAGAGUGUAACUACAGAGAUACAUGAGGUGCAUCAGAACAUGGGCUACUGUCCUCAGUUUGAUGCCAUCAACGACCUGCUGACCGGCAGAGAGCACCUCGAGUUUUACGCCAUCCUGAGAGGUGUGCCUGAGAAGGAAGUCUGUGAGGUAGCAGAGUGGGGCAUCCGGAAGCUGGGCUUGGUCAAAUAUGUGGACAAGUCAGCAGGUAGCUACAGUGGAGGAAACAUGAGGAAGCUGUCUACUGCCAUCGCUCUCAUAGGAGGACCACCUGUAGUCUUUCUGGAUGAACCAACCACAGGCAUGGAUCCUAAAGCACGUCGUGCUCUGUGGAACGCAAUCCUGAGCAUCAUCAAAGAGGGACGAUCUGUAGUCCUGACCUCUCACAGCAUGGAGGAGUGUGAGGCACUUUGCACCAGAAUGGCCAUCAUGGUCAACGGCAGGUUCCGGUGUCUGGGCAGUGUGCAGCACCUCAAAAACAGGUUCGGUGAUGGCUACACCAUCAUCCUGCGGGUGGCUGGCCCAGACCCAGACCUUCGGCCGGCGAUGGAGUUCAUCGAGCGGGAGCUGCCUGGCAGCACACUGAAGGAGAAACACCGCAACAUGCUGCAGUACCAGCUGCCCACCUCCCUCACCUCCCUCGCCCGCAUCUUCUCCCUGCUCUCACAGAACAAGGAGGCCCUCAGCAUAGAGGACUACUCCGUCUCACAGACUACUUUAGACCAAGUGUUUGUAAAUUUCGCCAAGGACCAAAGUGAUGAGGACCAUUUGAAAGAGGCCCAUCUGAACAAACUGGACGCUGUGGUAGUGGACAUUUCCCAGCUUAACACUUUCCUCACAGACAACAAGACCAGGGAGAGCUGUGUCUGAUUCGACAACAUACCAUCAGUGGGAGUUGCUAUGCUUCACCCACCCUCCCCCAACCCAGAAAACAUGGACCACUAACCUGCAGGGGAGACAAACUCUGUUAAUUUUUUUAUUUUCUCUUUUUUAGUCUUUUUUAAUUGUUAUCAUUUUUCAGUGGACCUGCAUUUCAGCGCACAGCCUCUUGACAAGGCAGAGACUGCAGGUAUUGUGACACUGAAACAAUGAAAACCCAAUGCAAAUCAAUGCAAGAAAUAUAUAUAAAUAUAUUUAAGAUGAGAAGAUAUUCCUGUGAUGGUUUGGAGACCGGUGCUUCUCCUUCACUAGAUGGACAGAAAGAAAGAAAAGACUUAAAGCGACAGCAGGAUUAUAAUGCUGCGCUGGACUGGAAAGCUUGUAGCCCUGCUACUCACUCAAUGGGCUCGGCAUCGGGCAUGAUGAAAGGAAAUAUCUCUAGUUUUUGAUCCCUGUUCCUAAAAGUAGUUAGCAGUAGUCAGUGGGACUGUGUAUGUGCUGCUCUGUAUCGUGACAUCACGACAGCAAAAAAAACGAAACAAAAAUUUCAGAUCACUCACUGCCAACUGCUAUAAGACGAGCUGACUACUUUUUUAUUCAGAGUCAAACCUCUCUCGAUCUCUCUUCAUUACCAAUCGCAGUUUUAUCAUGCAGAUGAUGGUGAAACCAUCAUUUACAAUCCAAUUGAUUUCAGUCACAAUAAAGCAACAUAUUCAUUUUUACUAAUUUGAUUGAUUUGUUUUAAGAUAAUUUAAUUCUAAUAGACAAACUUAACCUCUAUGGAGUUUUUCUUUCUUUGUUUGGAUUAUAAUUGAGAUUGAUAACCAAGUUGUCUUUUUUUUAUUUAAUGUUCUUUGUGCCCUUGACAUUGUCUAGCACAGUGCCUAUACUGUAUCAUGGUGGAGAGAGAAAUCUGAGCACUCCAUUAAAAAAGAAAAAAAAACAACAACAAUGUAUGUAGGCAGCC